CCCCGCGGCGGCUGAGGGGGCGGGAGGCGGCGGCGGCGGAGACCCGCGGUCCGGCUGAACGCUUGGUCCGGGAGGAGACGGCGAGGGCGGGCUGAGCGACAGCGGGGCGCGCGCCCACCCCAUUAGUGGCAAACAUGUACAUCAAGCAGGUAAUAAUUCAGGGCUUUCGAAGCUACAGGGACCAAACCAUUGUGGACCCAUUCAGCUCCAAACACAAUGUCAUUGUGGGAAGAAAUGGAUCUGGAAAAAGCAACUUUUUUUAUGCAAUCCAGUUUGUCCUCAGUGAUGAGUUUAGUCAUCUUCGCCCAGAGCAGAGACUGGCUUUGUUGCAUGAAGGUACAGGUCCUCGUGUUAUUUCAGCAUUUGUGGAAAUUAUAUUUGACAAUUCGGACAACAGGUUACCGAUUGAUAAAGAGGAAGUCUCACUUCGCAGAGUCAUUGGAGCCAAGAAGGACCAGUAUUUCUUAGACAAGAAAAUGGUGACGAAAAAUGAUGUAAUGAAUCUUCUUGAAAGUGCUGGAUUUUCUCGCAGUAAUCCCUACUAUAUUGUCAAACAAGGAAAGAUUAACCAGAUGGCUACAGCUCCUGACUCUCAAAGACUGAAGUUACUGAGGGAGGUAGCUGGUACCAGAGUGUAUGAUGAACGUAAAGAGGAGAGUAUUUCACUUAUGAAAGAAACAGAGGGCAAGCGAGAGAAGAUCAACGAGUUGUUGAAAUACAUUGAAGAGCGACUGCACACGCUCGAAGAGGAGAAAGAAGAGCUGGCUCAGUACCAGAAAUGGGAUAAAAUGAGGAGAGCAUUAGAAUACACCAUCUAUAAUCAGGAGCUUAAUGAAACCCGAGCUAAGCUUGAUGAGCUUUCUGCUAAACGAGAGACAAGUGGAGAGAAAUCGAGGCAGCUGAGGGAUGCACAGCAAGAUGCUAGAGAUAAAAUGGAGGAAAUAGAACGGCAAGUUCGAGAACUGAAGACAAAGAUUUCUGCAAUGAAAGAAGAGAAAGAACAACUUAGUGCUGAAAGACAAGAGCAGAUUAAGCAGAGGACUAAAUUAGAGCUGAAGGCUAAGGAUCUGCAGGAUGAAUUAGCUGGCAACAGUGAACAAAGGAAAAGACUGCUAAAAGAGAGGCAAAAGCUUCUUGAGAAAAUCGAGGAGAAGCAGAAAGAAUUGGCAGAAACAGAGCCGAAAUUUAACAGCGUAAAAGAAAAAGAAGAGAGAGGAAUUGCUAGACUUGCACAGGCUACACAAGAAAGAACAGAUCUUUAUGCAAAACAAGGUCGAGGAAGCCAGUUUACUUCCAAAGAGGAAAGAGAUAAGUGGAUAAAGAAAGAACUGAAGUCUUUAGAUCAAGCCAUCAAUGACAAGAAGCGGCAGAUUGCAGCUAUACACAAGGAUUUAGAGGAUACAGAGGCAAACAAGGAGAAAAACUUGGAACAGUACAGUAAACUGGACCAGGAUCUUAAUGAAGUGAAGGCUCGUGUUGAAGAACUGGACAGAAAAUACUAUGAAGUGAAAAAUAAAAAGGAUGAACUACAGAGUGAAAGAAAUUAUCUAUGGAGAGAAGAAAAUGCAGAACAACAAGCUCUUGCUGCGAAGAGGGAGGAUUUAGAAAAGAAACAGCAGCUUCUCAGAGCAGCAACAGGAAAGGCCAUUUUGAAUGGUAUAGACAGCAUAAACAAAGUUUUGGAGCACUUCCGUCGCAAAGGCAUAAACCAGCAUGUUCUGAAUGGCUACCAUGGCAUUGUGAUGAAUAACUUUGAGUGUGAACCAGCUUUCUACACCUGUGUUGAAGUUACUGCAGGGAACAGGUUGUUUUAUCACAUUGUGGAUUCUGAUGAGGUCAGUACAAAGAUCCUAAUGGAAUUUAACAAAAUGAACCUUCCUGGAGAAGUUACCUUCCUCCCUCUGAACAAGCUGGAUGUUAGAGAUACUGCUUAUCCUGAGACUAAUGAUGCUAUUCCUAUGAUCAGUAAACUGAGAUAUAAUCCAAGAUUUGAUAAAGCUUUCAAGCAUGUUUUUGGGAAGACUUUAAUUUGUCGUAGCAUGGAAGUGUCUACCCAGUUGGCCAGAGCUUUCACUAUGGAUUGUAUCACUCUGGAAGGUGAUCAAGUCAGCCAUCGUGGGGCUUUGACUGGAGGUUAUUACGACACCAGGAAGUCUCGGCUUGAAUUGCAGAAAGAUGUUAGAAAAGCAGAAGAAGAACUUGGUGAACUUGAAGCAAAACUCAAUGAAAACUUACGCAGAAACAUUGAAAGGAUUAAUAAUGAGAUUGACCAGCUAAUGAACCAAAUGCAGCAAAUUGAAACACAGCAGAGGAAGUUCAAAGCCUCUCGAGACAGUAUUUUGUCAGAGAUGAAAAUGCUGAAGGAGAAAAGGCAGCAGUCUGAAAAGACAUUUAUGCCUAAGCAACGUAGUUUGCAGAGCUUGGAGGCAAGUUUGCAUGCUAUGGAGUCAACUAGAGAAUCAUUAAAAGCAGAAUUGGGGACAGAUUUGUUGUCUCAGCUCAGUCUUGAAGAUCAGAAACGUGUGGAUGCUCUUAAUGAUGAAAUUCGACAACUACAGCAAGAAAACAGACAGCUUUUGAAUGAGAGGAUUAAACUAGAAGGCAUUAUCACAAGAGUUGAAACAUAUCUCAAUGAGAAUCUGAGAAAACGCUUAGACCAAGUGGAACAAGAACUGAAUGAGCUUCGAGAAACAGAAGGUGGCACAGUUCUUACUGCCACAACAUCGGAACUUGAGGCCAUCAACAAACGAGUGAAGGACACGCUGGCACGGUCUGAUGAUUUGGAUAACUCUAUUGAUAAAACAGAAGCAGGAAUUAAAGAACUUCAGAAGAGCAUGGAACGCUGGAAGAACAUGGAAAAGGAGCAUAUGGAUGCCAUUAACCAUGAUACAAAAGAACUUGAGAAAAUGACCAACAGGCAAGGCAUGCUUCUCAAGAAAAAAGAGGAAUGCAUGAAGAAAAUCCGAGAGUUGGGUUCACUUCCACAGGAGGCUUUUGAAAAGUAUCAGACUUUAAGUUUAAAGCAGUUAUUCCGCAAGCUGGAGCAGUGCAAUACGGAACUGAAGAAAUACAGUCACGUUAAUAAAAAAGCUUUAGAUCAGUUUGUGAAUUUCUCAGAGCAGAAGGAAAAACUGAUAAAAAGACAAGAGGAACUGGACAGGGGCUACAAAUCCAUCAUGGAGCUGAUGAAUGUCCUUGAGCUCAGGAAAUACGAGGCUAUUCAGCUGACUUUCAAACAGGUGUCAAAAAAUUUCAGUGAAGUAUUCCAGAAGUUAGUGCCUGGUGGCAAGGCCACAUUAGUAAUGAAGAAAGGAGAUGUGGAGGGCAAUCAGUCCCAGGAUGAAGGUGAAGGCAGCACCGAGAGUGAUAGGGGAUCUGGAUCUCAGAGCAGUGUUCCAUCUGUAGAUCAGUUCACUGGAGUUGGCAUAAGGGUAUCCUUCACAGGCAAACAGGGUGAAAUGAGAGAAAUGCAGCAACUUUCAGGUGGACAGAAAUCUUUAGUGGCCCUGGCCCUGAUAUUUGCCAUCCAGAAAUGUGAUCCAGCUCCAUUUUACUUGUUUGAUGAAAUCGACCAAGCCCUGGAUGCCCAGCACAGAAAGGCUGUCUCAGAUAUGAUUAUGGAACUAGCUGAACAUGCUCAGUUUAUUACAACGACUUUUAGACCUGAACUACUUGAGUCAGCUGACAAGUUCUAUGGUGUAAAAUUCCGAAACAAGGUCAGUCAUAUUGAUGUGAUCACAGCAGAAAUGGCCAAAGACUUUGUAGAAGAUGACACCACACAUGGUUAAAGGAACUUGUACUUACUGCUUGUUUGGAAGAUGUGUAUAGUGCUGUUUAUGCCAGGGACCUGUACAUUUAAAAUAUGAAUUAUUUAGUCCUUGUUUAAAAUAGUUUUUGAACAUACAUUUUAACCAAGACCCCAGAAGGCUUAGUUUCAAAUGAGCUUGAGUAUCCAUUUUGUCUCUGUUGCUGUAUUUUAUAAGAUAAUUGUUAAUGUUACCUUUAUACAGUACCUGUAGUUCAGAAAUUUUAUUCUCUUCCCUCAAAUCUUUUGUAAAGUGUCUGUCGCUGUUUUAAAGCUUUUCAGAAAGUGCUAGCUAUUUCUUCUUAAGCAUAGUUUUAUCAUUUAUAUUGCCUCACAUGUUUUUUUUAACAGCUUCAAUUAAAAUGAUUGGUUUUAUUGCUGUAACUUGUAUACAGUAAAAUUCUGGUUUAUAUUGUCUUUCUUAAGAGGGAUCCACUGAGCUCGAGUAAGCAUUAUUUGGUCAUAUUUGAGUGGAAUAUUUCAGAAACACAAGACAGAGCAAUUCUUCCAAGCCACUCUUAGUUCUUUCCCCCCCCCUUUUUUUGCACUUUGCCAGUGCCAGCAGAAAACCGCCCCAAAUCUAUGCUUGUCCAAAUUCACAGUGUUCUGGUUAUUGAACUAAAAAAAAAAUAAGUAUCAGAAAAGUCUGAAAAGACCCUAGAACUGUAUCAAAAUAAAUCACAGCCCCCUCCUUUUCCUGGCACACUGGCCAGUGUAACUGCUCCAUCACACCUUUUCAGCCUGAGAAACCAGCACAACUUGGGCCAAGUGACAGUCAUUAGGCAAAAAGUGAAGUCUUUUGCUGCUGUCUAGGCUUUUGGCAAAGGGGUAUUGAAUAAUUUGAUCUGUUCUCCUGGAAUACUUAAAGAUUUACCACAAGCCAUAUAUUUCUUAGAUAGCAAAGCAGUUGUAUAAACAGAAUCAGUAGGUGUUACAGUAGUACAUUUAUAAAAAUAUAACCUUAAACAGUACUUUAUGUAACUUUAGAUAGUACAAUGAGAAACAAGCACCCUUGUUCCCUCCCCACUGAGAGCUUUGGGAAGUGCAGGAAAGGAGAGCGUGAACUGAUGGCAGGCCUCCUGGGCUCAGGAGUGCAUAUCCUUGCAUCACAAGGCAGGGUGAGAGAACUACUAAAGCUGGUAUGGAGCAACUUCCCCAGGGAGUGAUAAACAUGUAGGAAAAUACUACCUGCAGUAAAUCUCAAGCCAAAAGGAGGAGGGUGUUGUGACAUAACAAAGCUUUCUGUAGUUCUAGGGACUCACUAGCUGCAUAGUAGACUUCUCUUAGUGAAGAGAGGAUAGAGUACAAAACAUGAAACAACCCCAAUGCCCCCAAACUUUUUACCAUGUGAAUAAACUAUAUUUGAGAACCCCGAAGAAUUUGAAAUGUGUCCUCUUCAUGCAGAGUUCUGAAUAUGCAUUCAGGGUGGCUGCAGACCAAAGUGUUCCUGAAUUACUCACAGGUGAAACCGGCAAGUUCAAAGUCCAGAGAAGGACCUAAAGAACCCAGCCCGAGGUUCACACCUCAGGUUACUGAUUUCAUGUCAUUUGGUCCAGUGUGUGUAAGGGCGCACUGGAAGUGUCUGUAAUCCAUGACCACCAAAUACAUAACUUGCUCUGAAAGUAGAAAGUUACUUGCUCUGUUCUCAGUUAACUCAGACUUGCCAGUGCUAGGGUAUCAGCUUGACAGUUGUUAGUUUGAAUUUUGGAAGAGAGAAGCAGUUCGUAGGCCAUGGAGCUAAUUACUGUGCUUAUUAAGAAGUGUCGUACUAAAUCCAUCUAAGACUGAUCAUGAAUUUUCUCACAUAUAAUCUCUAAAAUGCAGGUAGAUCAGAGCAAAAGUGGUUUUGUUUUCGUGGUGUUGGGAUUUUUUUAUACAGUACUCAGCAUAAUAGAGCCUAAAUGCGGCUGAAUAACUUGAACAAUCUCAGCCCUCUUAGGAAUUCUUCUCUGGGUUGGGUGUAGCGUUAAGUUGGUUACCAAGCACAGUAGGAAAAGGGUAACUUCUACUUCUUAAUAAGCUGUUGGAAACCACUGCAUACUGUGUUGAUACAAUGCAGAGUAAGAACAGAGAGACCUUUAGCUAUCACUCAGUUUCUCAUCUGCUAAAGACCAAGCUUUAGACCUACUUGCACAAAGCUUGGGAGAUAAAUCAAGAUUUUCAGAAUCCCCUUCCAAGGUAAGUUUGGAGGGUGAUGGUGGUUUUUUCUUUGUUUAAAUUACUACUAAACUUUAUUCUGUCCUUUGAAAGUAGCGCUGCUAGAGAGGUACUUUCUAAGCUGACACCUUUUUUCCCUGUGAGGAUACUGCUUCCCACAUGCUCAUUCUUACUGCUGUGCUGCCUUUCUGAUGUGUAAUCAUAUAUGGCAAGUGUGAAAAAACCUAAGGCUAUCAGUUCCCUCAUCUGGUUCACUGACUGUUACCAGUAAUGUUGGCAUGCAUGGGACUGGAAUGGGAAAGGCUGAACUAAGACAGCACCUCCUCCAGCUGUCAGAGCACAGCCUCUGUGCGGCGCUGUGAAUGCUCCGCAGUGAGCUUGGGUUGCUAAGUUGGGAGUUGUGCUUACAAUUGAACAGGGCUUCAGACAGGGAUGGAGUCAGGUAGGUUAUGUAGCAAAAUCCAUACCAACUCACUCUAUUGAAAAGCAAAUUGCAUGGGAGAGAGCUGCAUGAAAGUAGAAAAAGCAGAACCUCAUCUGUUACAGAUUGUCCUAAGGAAAGUCCUUAUACAAAGAUGAAAGAAUGGUCUUGAAAAAAAUGCCAGUACAUAUAACCUAAAGGAGGUUUUUUUCCCAGCCUGUUUUUGGCCAUGGUGGAGGACAGGAGUAGCAGAGAAGUUUUCUUUACUUGCUGCCCCCCGAUAAUUUGCUUCGGAUUGCUACAUAAAUCUGAAGAUGUGACACAGCCAUUGUGGAAUGCAGUGAUUGGAGUGGUACAUUUCUGAGGUGUAUGUUCUUUCUGUGUUCUGUUUGAGAUGGUUCAUAUCUGCUCCAUUCAGCAGUUUAAAAGUUUACAAGUUGCCAUUUCUGUCUGUCAGUGCUUUAAAUUCUUCCUAAAGUUUUAAAAAUAGGCUUUAUUGAAAGUUACUGUGUCAUGGAGUUUCUUCACAGGUGUCCUGUUUUUUCCACCUGAAACUUUUUAAGGCAGAAUUCAGUGAAACUACACCCUUUCCCUGAAACAUAGGACAUCCCAGAAAUUGUAGGUAUCUGGAGUGCCAUUGGUGUUGCCAAUACAGGUGUUCAGCUGUUCCUUUUCUUAAUUAUCAAUAUGUGACUCUUAACAGCUGAAUCGCUGAUCACUUCUAAUAUCUUAGGAUAGUUUUCAUCUCUAGCAAACAUUCUUUAAGUACUUUGUAAGAUUAACGCCUUUGAGUUUCAUAGUUUUAAACUUAUCUGAGUGUUACAAGAUGUAGUUUGUAACUUUGGGCAGGAGAUGGAGCCAAACUGGACUAAAUGCAAAAAGAAAGUUUACUUUGUUGUUAAAGUUUAGGGUAAAAUCAAAGCUUUACUGUGGGUUUUUGGAGUUCCGGUGGUCAUGAGGAUCCUGAACAAAUAGAGAAAUACAAAUUAUAAAUAGUUUUACAUGGACAAGAAUGUAAGUAAAUGGGAAUAAAUUACAGUUUUUGCUUAAAAAUUUAUGAAAGCCUUUAAGAUUUUAAUAAUUUGCUAAAAUGUUAUUGGGUAGAACUUUGCCAAUCCAGAAAAGUGUAUGAGUAAAUUUAUGUAAAAAUAAACAUUGUGCAACUAAAGUAAAAAAUUGUCACAAAAGUAAAA